AGGGAGUCAAUCUCUACGCGUCUUCUCAAGAGAGUUCUUCUAAUGAGUCCUCCAACUAUGGAGUCUGAUCAGAAAACGAAGCCUAAAUUCAAGGCUUCCCUAACAACUCAAAAGCUUCAAAGCCCUACAAAGCACAAACAACAAGAAGCUCAAGCUUUCUCUUCUGCUCUUUUGCAGGACAAUGAUCUUCUCAAUGAGGCUUUGCUUGCAUUGGAUGGUGUUAACAACAGCAACAAUGGUGGUGAUGAUGACAACAACAACAGUAGUAACUUCACCAUCAACAAGCAGAGAUAUUUCGAAUCUUUGCCACCUGGUUAUAAGUUCAAGCCCAGUGAUGAGGAGCUCAUUGUUCAUUACUUGAUGAACAAAGUUGACAAUAAGACGUUGCCACUCCACAAGAUCAAGGAUGUCAACCUCUACAAGCAUAACCCUAGUCAGCUUGCAGAGAUUUUCCCAACAUUGGCUGAAAAAGAAUGGUACUUCUUCACUCCAAGGGACCGGAAAUAUCGGAAUGGAAACCGGCCAAACCGAGCUGCUGGUGAUGGAUACUGGAAGGCUACUGGAGCUGAUAAGAUUGUUGAACACAAAGGUGAUAUUGUUGGAUAUAGGAAGGCACUGGUUUUCUACAAAGGAAGACCUCCAAAGGGUGACAAGACCAAAUGGAUCAUGCACGAGUUUAGAGUUAAAGCAGAAGCUCCAAAAAGCAAAAAAGGAACUGAUGACAUGAGGUUGGACGAUUGGGUGUUGUGUAGGAUUUAUCAAAAAGCUAAUCAAGCAAGAGUCAAGCGAAAUCAUGAUGAAUCUGGGGAGAUUGAAGAUCCCAAAACAUCUGCCCCUACACCGCCAUCAGUCCCAAGUUCUCCAUUUGUUGUCAACCCGACGAAUCCGAAUGCUGUAGUGGAAAUGAACUACAAUUACAACCCGGUUGGAGGCUCAAACGGAUUUAUGGGGAACCCAUUGGUUAAUAAUAACUAUCCUCAAAUGGCUUACCAAAAUGGAGGACUAGUCCAAGCUGAAACGCAACAGCAAUAUCUCGAUGCUUCAUUAGUCCCCAACUAUGCAAGGUUCAAUUCUCAUCAUCUUCAGCAGCAAAUGAAUUUCAACUAUGGGCCUGCUGCAGUACCAAUCUCUUCUUUUAAGCCGCCACCUCCUCCUCCUCCUCCUCCUCCUCCUACUACUACUACCGUUCAUCACACCGAUAACAUUGCCAUGCCCAUGCCCGGCCACCACUACAUUAAAGGAGGAGACAUGGCUUGGGAUCCUAAGCCAAGACAUGAAGAAGAAAUUUGGAAACCAGUUUAUGAUAAUUACGACGAUUUCGCUCAGCUUGAAUAUUUGGGAAACUUGGAGGGUUUUGGUAAUAAUUUAUCCGAUAAUGCCUCAUACAAUCCUCCGGCAGAUUACCCAACUGACCACCCCAAUUUACCCGAGGACGGCUCAUAUAAUAAUCCUCCAACUGACCCUUCGUCGUUCUGAUUCGAGUUUGCUCCAUCGUUUGGCAGUGCUGAUGUACAUAGGAUUACGCAGCGCUGAUGUACAUAGGAUUACAUAUUUUCUGAUUCGAGUUUGCUCCAUCGUUUGGCAGUGCUGAUGAACAAAGGAUUACAUAUCAGGGCGUGUUUUUUUUCCCGGCAAAUAGUUAUAUUUUAGGUGUUCUUAGCUAGUAGUUGAUUAUAUGUUAUAUACAUAUACAUAUCGACUAAUUAUGUCAGUGUCGUUUUGUAAAUAACUAGCUUUAGGAGUUAGAGAAACUUCUGUAUUUUAUUUUUUUAAAUAGAGAUCGAUAGAAACAUUGUAUUUUUGGAGUAGAUUGAUACAUUAAUUGCUUGUUAUCUUCGGGUUUAAACAUUUUUUGUUUUGAGUUAUUAAACGCAAACAGUCUGGUGGAUUUUCUUUAUCUUUCUAGGAUGUUUUUUUGCUCUCUCUUUCAUGAGUAAUGUUUUUUUCCUAGUUAAUGAGCUUAUUUUUGUUUUCUUGGCUUUGGGGUAUGUGCAUUGUUCUGUUUUUUAUUUUUUUUGAAAUGUGAAU